CUUUGUGCUUAUGAGAGAUAGUAUUAAAUGCUACUUUUCUUUUCGUAAACAUGAUCUUCCUUUCUCUCAUUAACGUUCAACUUGGAAUCUUGCUUUUCCGUCGGAGUACUCGAACUUUUGCUGACGGGGACCAUCUCAUUAUCGCAUCGUACGCCUACUUCUGUAAUUACCUUGCAGAAGCGCGUUUUUCCUAUCUUAUCAUCUAUCACCUCUUAUUAAUGCCGGAUUGCUUUAUGAUGCUCUCCUCAUUUUCUCGUUCGACCCUAAGCUUACAGCGGCUCAGAGUUAUAGGCAUCCCGCGACCUGUAUUCACAGCAAACAUUUCUCCCAUAUCAAAUGAUGAGCGCCGAACCCCAUUUCCUCGUUCUCGGAGCGGGCGUUAUCGGCCUCACAACCGCACUGGUCCUGCGCGAACAGUAUCCCACUUCCAACAUCACCGUUGUCGCUAAGCAUUUCCCUGGCGACCGCUCCAUCGAGUACACCUCGCCCUGGGCAGGCGCUAAUUGGUGCUCUUUCGCCAAUGACAAUGGGCCCCUAGAAAGGUACGAUGAGGUUACGUUUCGAAGGUUCGAAGAAAUAUUGGAAAAGGAGGGUCCUGAGUGUGGAUUGGGGAGGAUGGGAAUGUGGGGAGUUUGGGAUAGCCCAGUUGAAGACACGGACCUCCUGACGCCCCAGACGGGCAAGAUCUGGUAUGAAGAACUGGUUGGCGGUAUCACGCCCUUGAGUGAAAAGGAUUUACCUACCGGCGCAGUGUUUGGCAUCGAUGUCAAGAGCACAUUUCGAAUAAAUACGCAAGUUUACCUCCAGUGGCUCCAAGCUCGCGCCUUGAACAAGAACAUUUCACUGAUACGCCGCCAUUACCCAUCCCUCACCUCUCUUCUCUCCUCCUUCCCCAACACCACAGCCCUUUUCAACUGUUCUGCCCUGGGCUCCCUGUCCCUCACCGACGUCCGCGACACUUCCCUGUACCCAACACGCGGCCAAACUGUCCUGGUCGCAGAACCCGAGGUCCCCAUUCCACGCAUGUAUAUCCGCAGUCCCAAACGCUCGGACCCAGACUGCGCCUACGUUUUCCCGAGGCCUCUGGGUGGUGGCGUUAUUCUCGGCGGGAGCAGGGAGGAAGGCGAUUGGAAUGGCGAACCGGAUAUGGCGCUGGCGGAAAAAAUCAUGAAGAGUUGCUGUGAAUUGUGUCCUGAGUUGGGACCGAGGUGGCAGGAUCUGCAGGUGAUAAGUCAUAAUGUUGGAUUGAGACCUUCUCGCAAAGGCGGCGUACGCGUCGAGCUCGAGAGAUGGAGUAAUGGCGUGCCUGUAGUACACAAUUACGGGCACUCAGGAGCGGGGUACCAGUCUUCGUGGGGAACUGCUGAACGAGCAGUUGAGCUUGUUAAAGAGGCCUUGGCCGCCAGGGCCAAGUUAUAACUUUACUUAUUCUGUAAAUGCAUAUUUGACCGGUUCGGUGUAGUAUGGGGUUGAGACUUUAGAUUGUGGGUUCCGCACACGAUCCAUCUCGCUCAUCUCGUAUAAAAUCUGGACCGGCAUUAUGAAUGAAAUCGGAACAAUGC